AUGUCCCACCGCCAAAAAGCUCCGGCCCCGUCCCGGAGCACACCGGCCCCGCAGCCGAAAGGCGCCGGAAACACGGCCCCGCCGAUGCCCACCUUGGCGGCUCCCAAGCCCGUCCGCCCCGCGCAAACCCUGUUGCGGGCUCCCGAGCAACAAUUGACGGGCAAGCCGAGCCCGCCCGGCUAUACUAGUUUCCCGCCGCCGCCGAGUCCCGCGCCGAACGCCGCCGUUGGCCGCCCGUCUCCGUCUCCUGGCACGCAAUCAACCACACCGUCUACAAGAAACGCCGGCACCACGCCGCGUGCAGGUCUUAAAAGUCCGGGACCUAACGCUCUGACAAGCUUUCCUCCACCGCCACCGACGCCGCCCCAACGAGAUGCCGGCAGUUACUUCCCUGAUCCGUCGAAGAAGUCCAAGUCGGGUCCCGGUGCUGCUCGGAUUCCGGCGUCAUCAGAAAAGACGGUAGGAGGGUUUUCGAUCGCAGAAACAGAGCUGCGUCCGGGUGUGAUCGAUAUCGACAACCUCGAAGAGACCCUCCACAACCUACGCUUCGCACCCUCUCCCAUGCUCUCUACCAUCUACUCAGUCCCGUCUACUCCUCGCGAAGAACUCUCCACGCCAGAUUUCACCAACAGCACCACGUCAUGCUUCACACCGCCAUCCACAAACCCGACACCUGAACCUAUAGUCCUUACCCCUCGCGGACCACCGCCUUAUCCAAAAGAACCCAUCACAUCACCCACCCGCCCCCGAGCCAACUCCCGCAGAGCCAGCCCGCCCAGCAGGAAACGCGGCCGAGGCGUGGUCUCCUGCAUCGACACCCCAGUGACCUUCCCUACAACAUGGUACAUCCACCCGGCCGCUCCCAACUUCCACAUCUGCUCCCGCUGCUACGAAGACCACCUCUUUGGAACCCGUUUCGAGACCGACUUCCGCGGCAAGAUCUACGAAGACCAGAAACCCCGCGUAUGCCGCUUCAGCAAGCCCCGAAUCAGGGACCACCUCCUCCAACAAGCCCUCAUCACCGGCCGCAUCGACGACCUCACCUCCUUCCUCCGCGACCGCAGCUCCGUCCCAGACUGCCGAAGCUUCGACGGCGCCAGGGGCUCCGAGGGAACGAAAUGGUACCGCCCCAAGAACAACGCCGUCCCGAACAUGGUCGUCUGCCAGGCCUGCUACGAAGACCACAUCCAACCCUUCCGCACCGCCGCCAACUUCGAACCAGCCUCCGCGCAGCCCGCCGGCGACGUCUGGUCGUGCGACCUCGCCAUCCCCUACAUCCGCAACAUGUACAAACUCAAAGCCGCCCAGGACAACGACUGGAAGUCCUUCACCACCGAAGCCGCCGCGAGAAUGACCCUCCCCCCCUGCGCGAGGCGCCAAAAGGUCGCCGUCGGCUCCCGCAAGUGGUUCACCCCGACCUCCGGCAUGGACGGCGUCCUCAUCUGCGCGACGUGCCACCGCGACCACGUCGUCUGCUCCGGCGAGGAACACCGCUGGCGCGACGCCGGCGACAACCUCGCCCCGCGGUACGGGAGCAUGGUCUACUGCACGCUGGGCCACUUCAACGUCGGAAUCGCCAUGUCGCGGGCGCAGGAGACCGGGGACUUCUCCGUCUUCUGGAGGGCCCUGGACACCGCGUGCCGCGAGGAGUUCUGCGACCCGCAGGGCGUCAGGGACGGGAAGUGGUAUACCUUCCCGUCGCACCCCGAGGACUUCGGCAUCUGUACGGCGUGCGUCGCGACCAUCGCCGAACCCCUCGGCCUCGCGUCCUCCCUCGUGCCCAAGUGCGGCGUGUCGCCCGGCUCGACACACCUCUGCUCCCUGAACCCGGCCAGUCCCCGCUUCGUCGCCUACAUGACCAAGCUCCUGGAGGGCUUCUUCAUCGCCGACACGCGGCCUCUGGAGUCGUACGCCCUCGAGUUCGCCAGCCUCCCGCUCUGCCCGCGCGACGAGGACUUCAAGAACCGGAGGUGGUACGGCUGGCAAGACUGCACGAUCUGCCCGUCCUGCUACCACGAGUUCGCCCGCGGCACGCCCCUCGCGGCCGCGAUGCCCCUGAAGGGCGAGACCGUCCCGGGUAGCCUGAUGUGCGAGAUGUACUCCCCGCGCAUGCGCGCCCUCUAUACCCAGGCCUGCUCGCGCUCGCCGCCUGACGCGUCGCAGCUUCUGAAGGCGUCCAAGGAUCGUCGCGCCGUGUACUUCGAGACGGUGCCUGAGAUCCGGCAGAUCAUCAACGAGGCGCAGAUGGCGCUGGGACAGCGGCGCAUGUCGAAUGUCGUGGGCUCGACGAACCGCGCCAUGGGGCAGACUCGCGAUAUUUCGUUCAAGAGCCCGUGCAUCUAUGACAUGUCUGGCUCGGAGAACAAGACUAGCUCGUUGUCUGUCGGGUUUGUGUCUGGUACGAAGACGCUUGUUCUUGAGAAGUUGGAGAAGCGGUGGAGGGAAAUCGAGUAA